CCACAACAGGCCUGUGGAGAAUGUUCCGAUAAACAAAAAAAGUAAAAGUUGUGUGAGGCCCAAACAUGGAGCACGUGGGAAAGAUCAUCUUCUACCAAGAGCAGAGCUUCCGGGGCGACUAUUAUGAGUGCAGCAGCGACUGUCCCGAGCUGAGCAGCUACUUGAGUCGCUGCAGCUCGGUGCGUGUCAAGAGCGGUGCCUGGGUUCUGUUCGAGAGGCCAAACUACUUGGGCGACCAGUACGUCCUCACCAGGGGCGAGUACCCAGACUACCACCACUGGAAGGGCAACAAUGACAGCAUCCGCUCCUGCCACCUUAUCCCCAGCUUUUCUGGCACGUUCCGAAUCCGCAUCUUUGAGAAGCCUGACUUCAGUGGUCAGAUGUUGGAGUGCACGCAAGAUGCCAACCAGCUAUCAGACGUUUGGCCCCCGGAAGCCGUCCACUCGGCCCAAGUGCAGGACGGCUCCUGGAUCUUCUACGAGCUUCCUGACUACCGUGGACGGCAGUACCUGUUGGAAAGGGGCCAGUACCGCCGUUUCGGCGAGUGGGCCGCCAUGGAGCCCACGGUGGGAUCCCUCCGGCGCGUCCGCGACAUUUAGAUGCAACUUUACUUUAAAUAAUGAAUAAAGAUAGAAUGCAAUGAAUCAGAAAACUUAAUUAAAAAAAAAAUAUAUAUACAAGUAAUUUUAAUACUAUGGAAAUAAAGUACAAAAAUAAUUAAUUAAUUUUACAAGAAUAACGUAAUCUUACAUGAACAUACAGUGGACCCCGCAUUUACUUCGGCAUUCACGGAUUCACAUAUUUGCAGAUUUUUUGGGGAAACCCAUCCACCAGUAUUCACGGAAACCCCCGCUUAUAUGCGAUAUUUUUCCCUGAUCCCCCACUUAUUAUUAUUAUUUUUAUUUUAUUUUUGUUUACCCAAUCCCCCGUUUAUUCAUGUUUUUUCGAGCAGAAAAAAAUCAUGGCAAUUAUAAUUAUCAUCAUUUUAUUUUGCUUUUCACGUUCGGGCCAGGUUCCUAUCCCCUGUCCACUGUAGUUGUAAAUUGUAAUAUUAUGGGAACAAGCCAAUAAGAGAUUGUUCAUGAAUGAAGUUGAAACAUGGAAAAAAGUUUGAAAUUCCAGAGGCUAAUGUUGUGUGGAAAAAAAGAGAAAAAAGUACAAGGCACAAUAUUAUGAGAACACAGGAGGGGAAUUUUUUUUUGACACAAGUCACACAAUAUUGUGGGGAAAAUCUUUUAUUUUACAAGAAUUAAGUUUCAUUACGAGGGAAAAGGCACAAUUUUACACGACGUCAGUUAUAAUGAAAUUAGAAAAAGGAAGGAUAAAUGUAAUUAUAUAAAAAUGAAGUUGUAGCAUUAUUAGGUAAAAGGCGAAAUGUUACAUAAAUAAAGUAAAGAAUAAAGAAAAAAGAAUAAAGGAUCAAAACAUGAUGUUACAGGAUUUUUUUUAUUGAACAAUAGAUUUUCCCAAAUAAAGUCAUAAUCAUAACAAUUACCAGAAAAAGAGCAACGUUCACAUUUUUUUCUAUACAGCUUAUCGUGAUUAGGAGUACCCGAGGAAAAACCCACCUUCUUUUUCUUGUGAGAACUUGGGUGCCGAUGAGGCCACGUCGCGUUGAGCACAAAGACUCGACGGGAUUUGUCAGUCAGAGCGCGGACAAGCCAGCUGGUGUUAGGGAGCUGAUGACUCAGCGGGAUUUGUUAGUCCAGAGCGUGGUGCAUGCCAGCUGCUGCUGUUAGGGCUGAUGCUCAGCUCACUGGAACAACACUGUGAACAACUACAACACAAAGGAGGCAUGGCUCCCAGGUUGUCACCUCCCUGUAGUCAACAAGCCCGCUUGUGGAGGACAUGUUGGAUGUGAGCUUGUGGCGUAUACUUUGAAGUUACUAUUCUGAAUGGGAAAACAACUGAUACCCGAAAAGAAGCAAUACCUCAAAAAAGCAGAGGGCUACCUAAGAAGUAGAGCAAUACAGACAAACAAAGUGGAUAUCCAAAAUAAAUUGGGUUCCCAAAAAUGAGGUAUACCCCCCCAAAAAAGCAGAUUUUCCCCAAAAAGCGAGGGAUACCCAAAAAGUAGAUGAUACUCAGAAUGUAGAAGGAUAUCCAUCAAGGAGAGGGUUGCAAGCCAAAUUCGGUGUGGUCUCCAAUUGUGUAGUUCCACUGAUAUCCACUAGAUAGCAGCACUGUUGCGUUACAAUGAGUGUGCUGCACCAGCCAACCCCUGCAAGUGGAUGAUGUCGACUCUGACGUCCAAAUAUUUGAAGUCCUACUGAAGAAGAAUUAAUUUCAUGAAAUGCAGAGGCGUAAAUUGUUUUCUUUGGCUAUGGUAAUAACAAAAGAGCUAUUGUGAUUUAAAAUCAUACACACACACACACGCCGAGUAUUUAAAAAAAACGGUUUUCAAGUGAGGCCUACGUGACGUCAAACUGCAGAGGCAACUGGAAACACCGUUACCAUGGAAACCAAUCUGUGCUCCACUUAUCUGUGAUCCAUCAUCCAUCCUGGAUGUGAGACCAAGAAAGCACCGUUAACUUUUGCAACCCGGUGAAUAGCUUCAAUCAUUAUUAUGUAGUAUUCUCC